AUGGAGCAGCAGCGCAAUCGGCGAGCAGCAGCAGAGGCGCGACGCGAGGAGGAGCGGCGACGCGAGGAGGGACGGCGACGCGAGGAGGAGCGGCGACGCGAAGAGGGGCGACGACGCGAGGACGAGCGGCGACGCGAGGAGGAGGCCCGAAGCAAGGCAGCGGAGAAGGCGCAAAGGGAGGCGGCGCUGAACAAGGCCAUGAUGCGGGAAGCAUAUGCCGCCCUGCAACGGCAGAUGGAGGCCGCGCGGCGGGAAGCCGAAGCUCACGAGAGGAGUCGAGGAGGAGGCUCCGCCUCCUCCGAGGUUCCUCAAGCCACAGAGCACACAACAACCGACGCCCCCGCAGUCACCGCCACCAAAAUCACCACCGCCGAACGCACCGACACAACAGUCGUCGUCACGACAGGAGGAGGCACCGAAGGAGCCGCCACAGGAAGAGGCCCAGCGGCCCCAGUGGGUGGUCCGGAGACCGCGGUGUGCGGGCCAUUUGUGUCACAAAACGUGCACACGGCGGUAAGGAAUGGCAUGAUAUGGCACCACCAAGUUAUCCACAUAACGUGGGCGUCGGAACCCGCACCAUCGGAAGCGCAGGAAGAACGGAAAGUAUGGGAGGAGGAACCGGCCCCGCGAAGCAACGCGCGUGAUCCACGACAGCACCGAAGGCAGGCAGAGGCCAUGAGGGCAGAGGAGACGGCGUCGGAGAAGCGGGAGCCAGCGGCAGCGAAGGCACCGGCUGCGACGGCGACAGAGGCACCGACAGCGGCAGCAACGGAGGGGGCGGCAGCGACGGAAGAGGCGGCAGCGCCAGCGACGGCGACGGCGACGGCAACGGCAACGGAAAUACCGACGGCGGCGAUGGAGGUACCGGCAGCGACGGUGACGGAGGAACCGGCAGUGCCAGCAAUGACGACGGCGACGGAGGUACCGUCAGCGAACACGGAAAGCGAGAGGUGGGAGCGCGGUCCGUGGGUGUGGCCCUCACCUGCGAAAGACAAGCCUAGGCCUGUCCUAGUGCGGCAAUCGUCGUGCCCGGAUCCCAGGGCUGAGGUCGCCCGGCCGCAGCUGCAGAGACAGCAGUCGGUGGAGGAGCCGACGGGGAAGAACGUCCGCUGGCGACAUGUGGAUGUUGAAGAAUGGCCGGAGGCAGUGGCUCGGGCGGUGGAAGGCACACGCCGGAUCGGUCGACGCGUGAAGCGUCUCGUGAGGGUGCGCGGGGUGCGGUACCGGGUAUCAGCAUCGGCAAACCAGGUCGAGGUGUCCGUCGAGGCAUGA